AGCGAGAGCACGUGUCGCAUGGUUUAUUUAGAUGUUUACCGGCUCGUGGAGUGUGAGAACUUCACGUUAUCCAUCGUGCUUUAAAACACACGAUGACAAUUCGCUUAUGUAGCGAGUUGUAAAUACGUUCAACCACCAUGUGAAAUAAGUCCCAUAGUCAGGAGGCGAAAAUGCUGGCUCAUUUUCAGCGAGGGAGUUCAGAGGUUGAUUGGUGUGAACUAAAUUAUGUUCACUCGAACAGUAUUGCCGAAUUUUUUAACACAAUCAGCAAUGCGAUAUUUUUGGUUAUUCCUCCUUUCCUUAUGUACUUGUUUCGUCCUUACGCCAAUCGUAUUGGGUACGGCAUCAACGUCAUCCUGCUGCUGAUGGUGGUGAUAGGACUAUGCUCUGCGUAUUUCCACGCCACGCUGAGCCUUGUGGGUCAACUGCUCGAUGAGCUGGCCAUCCUCUGGGUUCUCAUGGCGGCGUUUGCUUUGUGGGCUCCUAGAUGGCUCUUCCAGAACGGUCCAUUUUAUGGCAAACGGUGUCGACUGGCGUACAUCAUGGCCACUAUCGGUGUAAUGGGGACUAUUCUCGGCUUCAUUUAUCCGGCCGCUAACGCCUUCGCUCUUAUGCUACUGGGGAUACCCUGGGCGGGACUGCUCUUCACAGAGGUCUUCAGGUACCCCAGUAAACAGGUCCGUCGCCUUGGUGUAUUCUGUAUCAUUUGGUGGUUCACAGCCUUGGCGUGCUGGAUAAAUGACCGCAUUUUCUGUGACAUGUGGAAACAGCUGUCGUUCCCAUACUUGCACUGUGGAUGGCAUAUCUUCAUCUUCAUCGCGUCGUAUAUCGCGUGCGUGCUGUCGGCGUACAUUUAUGCGGCAUCCGAAUUCCCUCAGUAUAAACCUUCGAUUAUGUACUGGCCGGGCCCGACAUACCAUUUCGCGGUCCCGUAUGUUGCUGUUCACGAGAACACUGAUAAGGACAUACAUCUUUGAUAUGAAAUGUGCCAGCGGCGGUAAAGCAUACGAGCACGCUCGAAAUAGUCAAGCCAGCGGUGAGAGAACAAGCGCAUGCUCGUGAUAGUCAAGCCAUUGGUGGGAGAGCACGCGCAUGCUCGGAAUAGUCAAGCCAGCGGUGGGAGAGCACGCGCAUGCUUGGAAUAGUCAAGCCAGCGGUGGGAGAACAAGCGCAUGCUCGGAAUAGUCAAGCCAGCGUUGGGAAAGCAUACAAACACGGCCGGAAUAGUCAAGCCAGCGGUGGGAAAGCAUACGAGCACGCUCGGAAUAGUCAAACCAGCGGUGGGAAAGCAUACGAGCAUGCUUGGAAUAGUCAAGCCAGCGAUGAGAGAACAAGCGCAUGCUCGUGAUAGUCAAGCCAUUGGUGGGAGAGCACGCGCAUGCUCGGAAUAGCAAAGCCAGCGGUGGGAAAGCAUACGAGCACGCUCGGAAUAGUCAAACCAGCGGUGGGAAAGCAUACGAGCAUGCUCGGAAUAGUCAAACCAGCGGUGAGAGAACAAGCGCAUGCUCGGAAUAGUCAAACCAGCAGUGGAGUUUUGAUUACACGAAGCCCUAGGGCUUCCAAGCACCGUCGUAAGCCACAAGGGACAAUCUUUUGUAUCUCGAAGUAUUUUGGACUUGAUUCCGAUUCGCCUGGCUGUGUCAAGGUCUCUCGCGUUAGAAACCCUCUAACCCUCUGACUUUUUCGAGCCAUGAAAGACAUGUACAUAGGAGAUGAAUGCCCUAAAAUGUUGAGCCACGUGUCUUCAAACAUGCCUCUCUCAGCAAUCUUGACGCUGCUUGCACAAGUUUGACACCGACCUAUUUAAUGACUAGCCUCUUAUUGGCGCCCUUAAUGAAUACGGGCACAUUACGAGCCCCAGAACACACUGCCAAAUACGUAUAAAAGAUUUCUAAAAAUUUAAUGUUUGUGCCAUAAAAUCUCAAAUAAAGUACAAAUGACAUAAUUGAAAAAUACUAAAAUCGCAUUACUUGUGCCACAUUGGGGACUGACCGGUGAGCCAAUCUCCCCUCCUCUUGCCAUUCAAUGUAUUUAGAUUUCUUAUCUUUGACAUUUGAAAUCCGUAGCAUUGUGCACAGACGUAUUGACAUCUAAUAAAGAUGUCCCAAUAUCUAGAAUUUCAGAUAAUAAUGUCACUAAUGUCACCCGAAAAAGUAAUCUUGAAUAAAAGGAAUGAAACGGA